AUUUCAUUUGAUGUUUAGUAUUAUUUAUAUCAUCUAGGUUAUGUUCCCGAGUUUGGCGAUAGAGAAAAUUGUUUUACUAUUCCUUUACACAGAACAGCUAGUUUUCCCGUUUUACCGAUUCAAAUAGAGUUUUAGCAUUGCCUUGUAGGCCGAGACGGUCGCUCUAGUGUUAUGUGUGUCACCGGUACUGGACGUCUCUUCUUUCAAGAAACCAGAACACAAAGUUAAAACCAGAUAUGUUCAAGCCAACCAGCCCAGUGCAGCUUUCUCCUGUGGAGGAGCAGGAGAAGCUGCUGGAUGAGGCCCUUGGUGUGGUCAAGGUGCAGGCCUUCCAGAUGAAGCGCUGCCUAGAUAAGAACAAGCUCAUGGAUGGGCUAAAGCAUGCAUCCACUAUGCUCGGUGAACUGAGAACGUCGUUGCUGUCACCGAAGAGCUAUUAUGAACUUUAUAUGUCAAUCACAGACGAAUUACGUCACCUAGAGCUCUACCUCCUGGAUGAGUUUCAAAAGGGUCGAAAAGUUGCAGAUCUCUAUGAACUGGUGCAGUAUGCAGGCAAUAUUGUUCCUAGGUUGUAUCUGCUGAUUACUGUAGGUCUUGUUUACAUAAAGACUGGCACAUGCCGCAAGCGUGAUUUAUUGCGUGAUUUGGUGGAGAUGUGCCGCGGGGUGCAGCAUCCCCUACGUGGUCUCUUCCUUCGCAACUAUCUUUUGCAGUGUACACGUAAUGUGCUGCCCGAUGUUGCAGACGUAGAUGAUGAAGCUGAGGGAACGGUGCGAGACUCAAUUGAUUUUGUAUUAAUGAACUUUGCUGAGAUGAAUAAACUGUGGGUGCGUAUGCAACAUCAAGGACAUUCAAGGGAUAGAGAGAGGCGAGAAAAGGAACGUGAGGAGUUAAGAAUUUUGGUUGGGACAAACCUUGUGCGCCUUUCACAACUGGAGACAGUCAACCUUGAUAAGUACCGCAAGCUUGUGCUACCAGGAAUUCUCGAGCAAGUUGUUAGUUGUAGGGAUGCUAUUGCUCAGGAAUACCUGAUGGAAUGCAUCAUACAGGUGUUUCCAGAUGAGUUUCACCUUCAAACUCUGCACCCAUUCCUCAAAUCUUGUGCAGAACUCCAGCCAGGUGUUAAUGUAAAGAAUAUUAUAAUAUCACUGAUUGACAGAUUAUCAACGUUCUCACAACGUGCGAGCGAAGGAGAGGCUGCAUUGCCCAAUGAUGUGCAGCUAUUUGAUGUGUUCUCUGAUCAGGUUGCAACUAUCAUACAGUGCCGCCAGGACAUGCCAGCAGCUGACAUAAUAUCCUUGCAAGUAUCACUUGUGAACCUGGCUCACAAGUGCUACCCUGACAGGGUGGACUAUGUAGACAAGGUGCUGCUCACUACUGUACAAAUAUUCCAGAGGCUUGGUAUUGAUAGGAUUGAAUACAACACACCUCUUGCUCGUGAACUGACAAGACUGAUGAAGAUUCCAGUGGACCAUUACAGUAACUUGCUAACAGUAUUGCAACUGGAGAACUACCCAUCUGUAUUGGAACACUUUGACUAUCAUGGCCGUAAAUCACUUGCAGCCUAUAUUGUCAGCAAUGCUCUGGAAAAUGAGACAUAUGUCUCCAAUCAGGAACAGGUGGAUGCUGUAUUAGCAAUGAUUUCGCCACUGGUCCAAGAUCAGCCAGACCAGCCUGCAGCUGAAGAUGACCCAGAGGACUUUGCAGAAGAACAAGGACUUCUUGGAAGAUUUAUACACCACCUGCGUUCUGACACUCCUGAUCAGCAGUACCUCAUCCUAAGCACUGCACGGAAACACUUCGGAGCAGGUGGAAACAGAAGGAUCAAGUACACUCUGCCACCAAUAGUGUUUCAGGCUUACCAGCUCGCUUUUAAGUACAGGGCCAUCAAGGACCAGGAUGACAUGUGGGAGAAGAAAUGCCAAAAAAUCUUCCAGUUCUGCCAUCAGACUAUCAGUGCUCUUAUGAAAGCUGAUUUGGCUGAGUUGCCACUAAGACUUUUCCUACAGGGAGCUUUGGCCGUUGGUCGUGUGGCUUUUGAUAAUCAUGAAACAGUUGCAUAUGAAUUUAUGUCUCAGGCAUUCUCACUGUAUGAGGAUGAAAUCUCGGACAGCAAAGCCCAGUUGGCAGCUAUAACACUGAUUGUAGCAACUGUGGAGCAGACUUCCUGUUUUAGUGAAGAGAGCCAUGAACCGUUACGGACACAGUGUGCACUUGCAGCUUCUAAACUGCUGAAGAAGCCAGACCAGUGUCGUGGUGUUGCCACGUGUGCGCACCUCUUUUGGUCUGGAAAGAGCCUCGCAACUGGUGGCAAGGAGAUUCAUGAUGAAAGGCGUGUUUUGGAAUGCCUGAAGAAAGGUGUUCGGAUCAGCAGUCAGUGCAUGGAUCCAUUGGUUCAGAUGCAGCUCUUUGUUGAAUUGCUCAAUCAUUACAUAUACUUCUAUGAGAAGGGAUGUGAACAGGUUACUGUGACAAUGCUGAAUCAACUAAUUGCAAAGAUCAGUGAGGAACUGCCAAAUCUAGAAGCUAGUGAAGAAACUGACCAGAUAACAAAACACCUCAGCAAUACAUUAGAUCACCUUCGCAUGCGACUAGAAUCUCCUGAAUCUGAUGGUCCCUCUUACGAGGGACUAGCUAUCUAGUUCAUCUUGGAUGGCAUAUUGAUUGUCUGAACAUGCUGUUAUAGGUCUCCAUUGGUAAUUGAUUUGACUUGGUGGAUAACGUGUAUACAAAUAUUUGCUUUGGAGAUGUUAUCGUUGAUGGUGCAAUGUUGGUGUGAUACAAUCUCCAACAGAGAUUUGUUUCUGCUGUCUCAUAAUAAACUUCCUAGCAACUGUCAAGUACAAAAUUCCAUGGCCUGAUCAGUGACACACAACUGUGUAUUGUUUUGGUAAUAUUAGAAUAUGUCUGUCUGUGAAACUUUGAAACUGAUGGUGUUGUGUUUAUGGAAUGAUGCUUAACUUUUGUUGAUGUGGGAAGGUAUUUUUACAGUUGUCGAUAAUUAUUGUUAAAGUUGAACUUCCUCCUCAUGAAGGAUUAAACAACAGCGAAACCUGCAUAAAAUCUUGUAAGUCUUUUUCAAAUUGCACAAUUGGUGAUAAGAGUAACUGAGCUUAAUCACAGUGAUUAGCAAUGCUCUGACUGAUAAUGUGAUGUGAUUUCAAAUUUCUGCUAAAAUUCAUGCAAAAUAUCUUUAACAUUGUGAUCCUUUAUCUCAUUAAUGUAUGUCAGAAAUCUAGUCAGGGGUCUAGAGAACACUCUAGUUCCUGUUUAACAAGCAAAAGCUCUAAUUACAAUUGGUGCAGAAGUUUUCCACACUGCAGUCCUCAAAAAUAUAUAUGGACAAAGUCUAUGUGGAUAAGAAAGAAAUCUGUUGUGAAGCCAAGGAAUCUCAAAACAUAAGAUAAAUAAAAACCAAUCAACAUGCACGGGUGUGUGUAAUGGGGGAGGGGGGGCUGCACAUGUGUGGGUCUGGCAGCUUCAUGCAUGGGUUUCAACACUGUUAUCAUACUCAUUUAUUUCUUAGCAGUGGCAUUAGUAUUAUUAUUGUGAUUCAAUUAAUACAGUUUGGACAGUCAUUUUAUUUUGUGUAAUGUCAUACUAAUUAUAUCAACAUUUUCACAUUAUAUGUUCUUCAAAGUGUAUUGACAACAAUCCUUAUCCAUAUCGCUUGACCGUAGCUGAUAAUUCAUGUGACUGAGUGGGAUAUUAACAAUUAAAUUUUUCCCUUGUUAAAAUACAUUAAAACUUCUUACCAAAUUUUCCUGGGGUUUUCAAAGCCUCUUCUUCACAUGAGCAGAAAUUACCUGUGCAAUCAGGUGAUAGUGAAGUCACUGCCUACAUUUGUGGCACGCUAUAUGAAAAAUUAUCAAUUAAAGAAGUCUAUAUAUGGUGCAGAACUAACGAUUUCUUCAUUUAGGUGACUUAUUAUGAAAGAAUUUAAAUGGGAUUUGAGUUUUAGAGCAGAUUGUAGCAUUUUUAAAUUUUGUUACACACACACACUUAAUUCUUAUCUAUUAAGUCACUGUAAAUGUAAGGUUUCGUGAUGUGUCCUGCAAAAUGCUCUGUUGAUUAUAUUGUUUCCCUUUUGAUUAUGUUCAUAUGUCAAAAAGCACAUCAUCUUGCCAUUGGAAAUUUAACUGUGUGCAUGUGAAUGAUUCUUGCCAAACUUUAAAUCUAACGUAAAGCGGAUGUCAGCAGUAAAUGCAUAUUUGUUAAUCAAAACAGUAUCAGAGAAUACCGCUUCCAAUGGCAGUUUAUAUGCCUUAGACAAUUGUAUACUCACAUAUCUCUCUCUCUCAAUCUCUCUCUCCUCUGAAGUUACAUCAUUUGCAUUUGCUUAUCCCAAGGAUCUAACUGGGACAUAAAUUUCCUACGAAAUGUGCAGCUUUUUUUCCCCAAUUUUACCCAUAUUUUAAAUAAGUUUCACUUAGUCUUAUUUCUGUGUGAAAUAAUCAUCUCAAAAUUAUGGUGCAUCUCUCAUUAGUGCCUUUUCAGUCUUGCCUUUUCUUUUGUUAUCUCAAUUUCAUUGUAUUCUGAACACACACAAACAUUUCUUGAAACUAUCCGCACAUUCCACAUGCUUGUCGCUCAUGCCUAUUAAUUAUUGCAGUAUGCAACCUUCAAAAAAUGUUAAAAGAAACCAAAAGGCUAUAUCUCAGUAGUCUUGGAGCUUAUGAAAAUCAUCAACUUACAAUGAAUAGGAUUUGACUCACAGUAUCAGGUGCUAAUAUUCUAAGAACAUUUUCAUUUAGGGCAAUGCAGAUAUUAAAACAGACACACAAUUAUAUGAAAGAGCUGAAUUGUAUUUUCUACCUAUAUAUGAAAGUGGGUCAGUGGUAAACUAUUUACCAUGAAAAUAUUUGUUACUGUUUUAAUUUUCAUAAUAAUGGAAAUGAUUCAUACAGAUCAUGGUUGAAAAAAAUUUGUAUUGUUAUAUUCAUUAUUUAAUAUAUAUAUUAUAGUGCCUGUUUUGGAAAUUCCUAUUGUGCAAACCAUCAUUUUGUUUUUACUAGUCUUUGUUUCCCAUUGUGUGUGAUAUAUUGUACAAAUAUAAAUCAUGUUGUGUACAUAUUUAUUACAUCUGUUGUUGCAGAUUUCAUGUGAAUAUUACAUAGUUCCAUUCAAUUGAAUUUUGUCUGAACUGUAAAUAGACUUCAGGGUGAGUCGUAGAUUUACCUUAUUUCCAGUUAACUAGUUUAGGCAUAAAAUAUGUAAUUUUUUUACAAAAUGAGUAAAAUAAAAUUUGUAAUGAAGAGAUUCUAAUUGUACUAUUUUUUAAUAAAGUUGUUUCUGUAG